AAUCUUGCGCGAAUGACGUAAUCAGUAUGCGCGAUCGUUUCUGUUUUGCUGGCUGGGCGCACAUGACAGAAAAAAACGUGGCUUUUACUUUUUUUUCAGAAAACGUUCGUGUUUUUCUUGGCUGUAGGAAAGAUGUUUAAUGAAGAUGCAGAAUGGAACGAUGAAGAAGACGCUUUAGUGUUGAGUAAAAGUGUAUUUGGUGACGGUCAGAAAAGAACCAGCAGCUCAAAUUUGACACCCAAAACUGUAGGUAAGAAGAGCCUUCUGCGGACUCUGCAGACGUUAGGAUCUGUUCCAGAGUGGAAGAGCAGCAAUGAUGUGCAGGGGAGUGACAGCGAGGCUGAAGAAGCUCCAUCUCCAAAGAAAAGGAAAAAGAAAAGAAAGAAGAGAAAACCUGUAGAAAAAUCAGAGGAGCAGCAAAACAAUAGGGAUGCCGAUCAACCUGAUGAAGACAAACCUGCAUUAACAAAGAAGAAGAAGAAAGGAAGCAAAACUGAAAAUCUAAAGAAAAAGUCCACAUCUGCUGGAGAGACGAAGGAUGAAGAAAUCACGGAAACAACAAAAAACGAACCACAGAGUUCAGAGAGACUGAGCAGACAACAGUGGAAAAACAAAAUGAAGAACAAGAGAAAAUGUACAAACAAAUACCGCUCCAAAACUUUGGAGGAGGAUGUCAAUAAAGGCAAGAAUGCAAAUAAAGAGGAUACAAAGAAAGAACUUGAUUCACACAGCAGCAGUAACAACAAUGACAACUUGACUCAGACAACUGGCCAAAAAAAGAAAAAGGACAGAGAAAAUAAACAGCUGAAAAGGAGAAACACAGACAGAGACACUAAUGUGUUUUCUACAGGAGGGCUAAAGAAGCAAAAAGCAGGGGAUAAAGCUCAGAGUAAAAACAGUACACUUGAAGCUUCUGAUGAUAGAAUACACCAGGACAUACAGGAACUUCAUACAAAAACCGCAAAUGAUGAGCUAUCUCCCUCAAAACGAAAGAAAGUGGAGCUGAGCAAAGAACAGAGUCUGAAAAAGCAGAAGCUGCGGGAUAUGCUGAGCCGCCACGUCCCCGAAAAGGAGAGUCCAGCGGAGCAGAAAGGCUCAGCAGCUUCAGGGCCGGAGGAGGAGGAGAAGCCAGAGGAGGCCAAACUAAGCCGCUCUGAUAUCCUGCGGUCCCGCAUGGAGCAGCGCUUGGAAUCGGCUCGUUUUCGCUACAUCAAUGAACUUCUGUACAGCUCGUCCAGCGGCGACGCGAAGCGUAUGUUUCAGCAGGACCCAGAGGCCUUCUGGGUGUACCACAAAGGCUACACCUCACAGGUUCAGAGGUGGCCCGUCAAUCCAGUGGACCAAAUCAUCUCAUACAUUCAGAAAAAACCCCCCUCUCUGGUGGUUGCAGACUUUGGAUGUGGCGACUGUAAAAUAGCCCGCAGCGUGAAGAACAAAGUGCACAGCUUCGACCUGGCAGCUACCUGUGAGCUGGUGACAGUUUGUGACAUGUCUAAGGUUCCUCUUAGAGACGCCUCUGUGGACAUCGCCGUGUUUUGUCUGUCUCUCAUGGGAACCAACUUGGCGGACUUCUUAGCAGAGGCCAAUAGAGUCCUAAAAAAUGGGGGGGUCCUUAAAGUCGCAGAGGUGGCAAGUAGGUUUGAAAAUGUGAGGAACUUCAUCACUGCGCUCUCAAGUCUGGGAUUCAAGAUGGUGUCCAAGGAUGUUGAAAACACUCAUUUCCACUCAUUUGAGUUCAUAAAAACCGGAAAUGCUCCAAAGAACGUCAAGAAGUUUGGAAUACAGCUGAAGCCUUGUGUCUAUAAGAAAAGAUGAGAUCACAAGAUGUUGUGUGUUUUGUUUUUUUCAAUUAGCAUUGGUGUUCAGAUUGUAAAGAAAAAAAUUCAGAACAAAAUGGUAAGAAAGACACACCUCAUUUUGGUAUUUUCCCUGCAAAAAAUGCCUGAAACCAAAUAAAAGCAGGCAUUUGUUCUUACUUCAGUCAUUACAAUCAAAACGUUACACAUUUGGUCCGUAUCAUCUUUUACAGAAGUCCAUGUACUUUGUGAACCAAUUGAAAUACUCCAUUACAAAUACACAAUACAUUUUAGAACAUUAUGUAAUGUUUUUUAGAUAAUGUCAUGAAUGUUUUAAUGCUGUUUACAUUUGCAGCAAAUGUUUCAAUUUCAUUUAAUACAAUAUUUUUAAUGUACAGAUACUUUCCUCCAGUCAGGGAUUUGCAUCUGUGUUGAUUUAAUGUGUUAAAGAUGUAUAUGACAAAUUAAAUAGUCAUUUUGAGAAAAUAAAAUUCAACAGGAAUGUC